AUGCUGAAUAUCAAAGGCGAGUCAGAGGGGCUGCAGACUCUGGGAAUUGUGAUUGUAGUAUGUACAUCACUGAAACUUCUCCACUUUCUUGGACUCAUUGAUUUCUCUGACAAUAAGGUUGAAGAUGAGCUGGAAAUGGCCACAGUUUGCCAUCGGCCCGAGGGCUUACGACAACUACAGGCCCAAACCAACUUCACCAAGAGGGAACUUCAGGUGCUCUAUAGGGGCUUUAAGAAUGAAUGUCCCAGUGGAGUUGUCAAUGAGGAGACCUUUAAGCAAAUCUAUUCACAGUUCUUUCCACAGGGAGAUGCCAGCAUGUAUGCUCAUUACCUCUUCAAUGCUUUUGACAGUGCACAUAACGGAUCCAUCAAAUUUGAGGACUUUGUGAUGGCUCUCUCAGUGUUACUGAGAGGUACUGUUCAUGAGAAGCUCAGAUGGACAUUUAACCUCUAUGACAUUAAUAAGGAUGGAUAUAUCAACAAAGAGGAGAUGACUGACAUUGUGAGAGCUAUCUACGACAUGAUGGGGAAGUACACCUAUCCUGUGCUCAAGGACGAUGCUCCACGCCAUCAUGUGGACGUCUUUUUUCAGAAAAUGGACAAGAACAAGGAUGGUGUGGUAACGAUGGAUGAGUUUAUAGAAUCUUGCCUCCAGAACUCAAUCAAAUUUGUCCGACUCCAAGAUGCCAAGGUCAAGGAUGUCUCUGAGCAAUUGCAUGAAAUUCUUAAGGAGGAGAGUGAGCAGCCAGAGGUCGUUGUGCACAUUGGUACCAAUGACAUUGGUUGA